AAUGGUCAAAUUUCAAAUCGAAAAAAAGACGCUUCUGGGCCGCUUGGGCAAAAUCGACACAUGGGGCUCCGUGGAGGUUAACCACCAGACCCCAUCCUUUCAAACCUACCUACGAGCCGGACAUAUUCCCCACCUGACAUGGGAAGUUGCUGAGAAUCAGCUGAAACUCGAACAAACCCACAUUUUUCAAAUGACGCUCCCAACGCUGGUGUCAAACGCGAAAAUUAUCGAGAAAUUCGGAAAAGGCGCUGCGAAAUUUUGUGGGAUGCCUGCAGGCGCGGCGGUUCACCUGACACCGUUUGACCCGCUUGGAAAGCUUCCCGGAGGGUAUAAUGACUCGAAAUCCGUCGCGAUUUGGACGGCAAACGGAAAAGUUUCGUUGGAUGUUAAAAUGUGGCGGGAAAUUAUUAACUCGUUUGGUUGUGGCUCUAUUGAGACUCUUGUCGACUAUGAUACACCGAAAGAUGUUGGACAGAAGAAGCUUGUUAAGGCGGUGGAUAGGACGAAAACCUUCCAAGAGCAGCUGUUUCAGCAGGACGAAAAAGUGAAUGGAGAACGAAUUGUGUCGCUGGGCGGUGGUUUCAGCAAGUAUCAUCGGAGGAAAUGUGCAGUUGACGUUGGAUUGGCUGAAAAUAUUGCUGGAUACACUGUCGAAUUUCGCGAAUUCACAGAGGGAAAGGAAACUGACGAUAAGGAGAUGAAAGAGCUCCUGGAGGAGACUUUUAGCCCACUUCCACCUACAAAACUCCGAUGUAUCUCAGGACCUUUCAACCCAAAAACCGUGCUUUUCCUCGUCCAACAAGGAAUCGAUCUGUUCGACUCGUCAUUUCCAGUUAAAUUGGCCGAAGAAGGCCACGCGUUCUGUCUUUCAGACGAUUUUCCGACGUCUUCGAAAUAUGAAGUAGUGGAUUUCAAUAAUGAGAAGUUCGCCGACGAUUUUACCGCACUUUUCGACGGAUGCGCCUGCUAUACGUGCACAAAAUACACUAAAGGAUACCUACAACACCUUCUGAACACCCGAGAGCUUCUGGCUUCGAUUUUAUUAGUUAUUCAUAAUAUGACAGAGUAUGAUAAAAUGUUUAAGCUUAUUCGGAGCUCGUUGGAGAAUUCUGAAGGAUUGUGAUUGGUUUUUUCAAAUUUUUUUUGUUGAUUUUAUAUACUCUAUUCUUGUUAUUUUUUCACUUGUUGGUUUCUUAAUUUAAUUAAACACCUUUU